AUGGUCUACCAUUGUGGGCUGAACUUCACCUCAUCUCCUUACAAACCAACCGGUGAAUGCAUUGCUAUCGAUCAAGAAAUGAUAAAUGAAUGGGACAGUUUCCCCACCACAAGAUGCUGCCAAAAUGCCCUCAACUUCUUCUCUCAUGCAUUAGCUAAUCAAGCAAUUCAACAAGGGAACCUCUUCCUCCAUCGCGAUCAAUGGGGACGUUGCGCCUCUGGAUCCUUUAAGCACCAGCCCUCUGUUUCCAUCAGUAAAUGUGGACUUGAUCACCUCUAUCAAGAAAGCAGCCGAUGCUCUACCCUUUCUUUGACAAGUGUUGUGCAGAAUCAGAAUUUUAAGAAUGUCUGGUAUAACUGUUCACGUUUUAAUUCCUCUAACUUCGACGAUGCUUGUAGAGAUUGCACAAGUGCCAUCAAAUCUACGAGGGAUCAUUUCCUUGAUCAGUUAAACGCGAAAGAUAAUGGAACUGAGAGAGCUAUAUGUCUUGUGGCUGUUGUCAUUUCAGCUGCUACCACAAAAUUAAAUGAUCCUUCUUUAGUCGACGAUUUCUUCAGAUGUUUGCCAGGGCUGAAUACUUUAGAUUCUUUAGCGAAAGCAUUGGUUGCAAUAGUUUUAGCAACAUUUGGGAUGAUGAUGGUGAUCUUUCUAGUUAAGUAUGUAACAAGAAACGCUAUGGCUGGACGAAAGCUUCUUCGUUCAAAACCAAAGAUGUUCCCUUCUUGUCCAGGGCUAUAUACUUUCUCGAAAGCUGAGAUUGAGAACGCGAUAAAUUAUGGAGAUGAGAAGAAAUUCCUGGGACGCGGUAGUGCAGGGCAAGUUUUCAAAGGGGUUCUUCCUAGUGGACAAGUAGUUGCUAUCAAGCAGAUAUAUAGAAGUAAUACGUCAGAUUCUUUCAGUAGAGAACUCGAGAAUCUUUCCAGAGUCAGACAUCCUAAUCUUGUUUGCCUCUUUGGGUGUUGCAUUGAAGACGGUGAACAAUAUUUAGUCUACGAGUAUUGCUCUGCUGGAAAUCUAGCUCAACAUCUUCUGAGGAAAGACAUGGUCCUAAGUUGGGAACAAAGGGUAAAAAUCUUAAGAGAUUGUGCACUUGCAUUGAGGUAUCUCCACAGCUACAUAGAUGGAUUCAUUGUUCAUAGAGAUAUUAAGCUUACAAAUAUCCUCUUAACAGAGGAUCUGGAUGCAAAGCUAUCAGAUUUUGGACUGGCAAAGAUGUUGGGAAUGGAAGAGAGCAAAGUGUUUACAGAUGUACGAGGGACGAUAGGUUAUAUGGAUCCAGAAUAUAUGAGUAACGCGAAAUUGACGUGUGCAAGUGACAUUUACAGUUUUGGUAUAGUAGCUUUACAGGUUCUUUCUGGCCAGAAAGUGAUUGAACUUGAUUUGGAUGCCAGAGACCAACUAACAAGAAAAGCAAAGGAUGUGAGCAUGGGUAAACGGGGACUAAAAGACUUCGAGGACCCGAGGCUAAAAGGUGAAGUGAACAGUGUGGAUUUUGAGUCCAUACUUCAAAUUGCAGUGCUUUGUGUUGCCAAAUCAAGCAAAGGUCGUCCAACUAUUGACGUUGUCGUUGAGGAGAUUGAAAAAGUAUUGAAAAACACAUUGUCCGACAAGAAAGCCGCGGAGCAAAGUGCAUCAGCUGCAUUAUGGAGAUCCCAUUCAGUUGGUCAUGUCAUCCCUGUCUGA